AGCCGACACGGUCCGGAGAAUACGGCAUACCCGAGACGUGGAGGGGGGGGUCUUUUUUCGUUUUGCUUGCUUAAUCAUACUCUUGAUAUUACUUGCUGGGUGUUGAUGAAGGAUACUUUAUAAAAAGGUUUUAUCUCUGUGCCAUGUCUUUGGAGAGCACUUCAGACCUGGCCAACGAGAACACCUGUGUGCCACCCUCCCUGAGCCUCGACCUGCGCUGCACCCACAGGGCCUUUCUGGACUCUGAUUUAGCACCAAAAGGGAAGGUUAAAGGCUUGUGUACCGCCUCCCCGAAGAGCCGCCGCAUCUACGCCAGCACCACCCCUGCCCAUCUCCUUAACGGCAUGGGCGGCCUGGACGACGACGCAUCCCAGCAGCACCGCGAGGAAGAGCGGGCCAGAAAUCAAGAGAAUGAGCAGGGUCAUCCCGUGUCUGGGAGCCAUGCCAAGUGGAUGAAAGAAGGGCAGAACCAGCUGCGCAAAGUAGCUGAAAAGCAGCAGGACCUGAACAGGAAUCCAGACCAGAACCUUAACCUGGUUGAAAAUGAGAACGAGAGCCCGGACAGCAACCCAAACCAGAACUCCGUUCGUGGUGAGCCGGGGGAUGAUGUGGAGAAUAAUAAAAUCCUGAAGGUGCUGUGCUCUGACUUUGUUAGGAACACCGCCGAUGAGCCUCUCCUCAUUGAUACGUCUGAGGUCCCCAAAGGCAAAGGGCAUGAGGAGGAGGAGGAGAAGGAAGAGGAGAACCUCCCUUCCAACUGUGGAGAGAAGGACACAGAUUCGUCUGAGACACAGAGCAGCAGCGAGUUGAAAAAAGGCAGCGAAUGCGGAGGCCAGACCCCAUGCUUGCUGUUCAGCAAGAAUGGGGCCAGUGAUGAGGACUCCAGCUGUAUGUCUCUGUCCCAGGGCAGUACAGCCAACAGCACCCCCGAUGGAGACCCAGAGUCCUACUGGGACCGCAGCGCGUUUGAGACAGACACAGACCUGCCGGCCGGUUGGAUGCGGGUGCGGGACACCUCCGGCACCUAUUACUGGCACAUUCCCACGGGGACCACGCAGUGGGAGCCACCUUCUCCGUUGGAGGAGGGUGCAGCUCAAGAGAGACCAUCCAGCACCUCUCCAGCCAUUACUCCUUCUGAGGAACCACAGAUCAAAUGGAAUGGUGUGUCCCGUCCAAACAGAUUUAAUGAUGAGCUGUGGAAGGAGGAGGAGGAGGAUGUAACGUCUGAUCAGAGUCUAAAGGAAUUUGAGGGGGCUACACUGCGCUAUGCCUCCAUCAACCUUGGCUAUUCCCAGUCAGAGGGAGAAGAGAAAUCGAAUUCGUACAGCACUGAUUCAGAGGCAAAGUGCUUUGCUGUGCGGUCUCUGGGCUGGGUGGAGAUAUCUGAAGAAGAGAUGGCUCCCGGCAAGAGCAGCGUUGCUGUCAAUAACUGCAUCAGGCAGCUCUCCUACCAUAAACACAACCUGCACGACACCGCUGGUAUAUGGGGAGAGGGUAAGGACAUGCUGCUGGUGCUGGAGAAUGAGAUGCUGAACCUGAUCGACCCCUUGGGGCAGACCCUGCUCCACUCCCAGCCUAUCGUCAGCAUUCGCGUGUGGGGCGUCGGCAGGGACAAUGGCAGGGAGAGGGACUUUGCAUACGUGGCCCGAGACAAGCUGACCCACGUUCUGAAGUGUCACGUGUUCCGGUGCGACACGCCUGCCAAGAACAUUGCCACCAGCAUGCAUGACAUCUGUUCCAAGAUUAUGGCCCAGAGGAAGUCCUCAAAGUCCAGUCUAAGCAGACUCAACAUUGAUCCUGCCAAACUAGUGGAUAUCCCAUUCCAGGAGUUCCCAGCACCAAAGAAUGAGCUGGUCCAACGCUUCCAGGUGCGUUACCUUGGUAAUGUCCCAGUGGUGAAGCCAGUAGGCAUGGACAUUGUUAAUUCGGCCUUGGAGACUGCCCUUGGCUCCAAAGACAAGGAAGAAUGGCCCCCCGUCACUGUGAACGUGGCCUCUGCUACUCUUACAGUCCUUGUUUCAGAUACCGAGGAGGUUCUGUCGGAGUGUCGCGUGCGGUUCCUGUCCUUCAUGGGCGUGGGGAAAGAUGUACACACGUUUGCGUUCAUCAUGGCGGAGGGCCCCGGGGACUUCAUCUGCCACAUGUUCUGGUGUGAGCCCAACGCUGCCAGCUUGAGUGAGGCCGUGCAGGCUGCCUGUAUGCUGAGGUAUCAGAAGUGUCUGGACGCAAGGCCCCCCAUCAGCAGCUCCUGCCUGCCUGGGCCCCCCGCGGACUCGGUGGCCCGCAGGGUUGGCUCCAGCGUUAAGAAGGGCAUGCAGAGUCUGCUGGGCACCUUCAAGCGAUCCGGAACCCAGACGCCCUGAAGGAGUCCCAGUCGACAGUCCCACCCUGAGUGCUGCUCCCCCCCUACCCCUAUACCCCACACCCCACACCGUGUCCUCCACCUGCCUGUUGCCCCUCUGGGCUUCCAAACGGUGGGGCAAAACAGGCUUUCAUUAAGUGUGGAACACACGUUUCACCUCUCCUGACCUGUUCACAUGAGCUCAGGUUUGUGAGUGAGCAUAUGAGAGGGAUGUGAGACGAAAACAAAUUAUAGUGCAAGUUUGUGACGCCACACCUGAAGCAAACCUAUGAAAUACCAAGUUCAAACUUUGUUCUGGAGUGAUCGUGUUUUAUUUCCCUUAACAACUAUCAUUAAGCAGUGUGCGUUCUGGGAUUGCGUGUUUCACCUUUAUCCACCAUAUACAGCAACUGUCACCUUUUUAAAACUGGACCAAAACCGAUUGGUGUAAUAACAAAAAAUAAAAACAUGACAUUGUGUGCACAUUUCAAGAAUAACACUCAAAUACGCAUGCUGUGAAAAACUGAACGUUACUAUAGUAAAAGCAAAGUUAGAGACUAUAUGUACUGUAACGUUGCUAUUGACACACUUUUCCCCUCCUUUAUGAGAACUGAGGAGACUUAUGACACUGAGCAGAGAUUUAAGGGGGGAAUUGUUAGGUUUUCUUUAGUUCUGUGCAUUUUUUAAAAUUAAAGCUCAAGCUUUCAGGCGAUCAUGUUUUCCUUGUGGGGUAACUGAUAGUGCAGUAACAAAGCAACCCCUGCACACCGUGCAUUACUUUGACCGAUUUAGGAUGGUACAGAAUUUGACUAGUCUGUAAAUCGCUCUGUACCUGACUCAUCAGAUCACAUGUUGAUUUGACAUCGUCAACUUUAUACGAGUUGUUAUUUACAUGUUUUCAUGGUUUUGACUGACUGGAAUUAUUUAAGAAGAUUAUUUAUAUUCUUUCCUGAAAUAGCAUUAAUGUAUCGUAGUCUUCCAAAAGGAAUUGGCUCAGUAGAGAGCCCCUAGAUAUUUCACUAGCAUGGGCAUUAGUGAUUUAUAAUAUUUUUCUCAAAUUAUUAUUUUUGUUCCUUUUAAAUUUUAAGUUGUGUUCUCUGGAAUGUUGGUGUCUUUACUUUUCCCUGCUUUGUGGGAAUUCUGUUUUUGGACAUGCGAGGUCUCACCACUAUGUGGUUUUUGGCAAAGGAGAAAUUUAAUCUUUUCUCUAAAUGCGGAAUGUUGGGCCCUAAGGGGCUGAAGAUUAGCCCAGUCCGAACAUUCCCUGAGUUUGUGUAGGAAUAUGUAUAAAAAACAAACCUCUGACAAUGAUGCCAUCUGUAAGGGGUCCAGACAUUUCAGUCUUCUGCAGAUGUGAUGCUGCACCGGUAGAGGGCGCACUCUGCUUUGUUGUUCUCUCUGGCAUUGUACAAUAUUGGAAGGUCCAUGGCUUAAACAGGUGUGAUUGUUUGUUUGUGGUUUUGUUUCGUUGUUUUCUUUUUGCACGAGUCAUUGUGUGAACAAAAAGAAAAGACGAGACAUUUCUAAAACACUUCAAAAAAGCCGUUGACUUGUACAUAUAUACUCAGCCUUUUCCCCUCCUCUCUUCACUGUAAUAUAGUGCACCGUUUCUUGCCUCGUCGGGUUAUAAAAAAGAAACCUUAACAACCAUUCACAAAUAUCAUGCUCUGAAGUUAUUCACUAAAUGUUAUUGUAUAUAUUAACACUAAUAGAGUAAAAGUAGCAGAAUGCACCCAUAUCCAGUAGCAUAUUACUUUGAACGCUAACUGCCAAUUUGUGUUUAUUCUAAAAGAGGCCCUAUUUUGUGUUUACACUCCAGCUGGCAUGUGGAGGAGCAUUAGCAAUUAGCUCAGCUGCUAUCGUGAGGAAAUGGAGACUUUGUCUAAAAAAGAAGCUGUUUCCUUUUUUUGUAAUCACCUUGUCAUGGAGUAAUUCGCACUACAGUCGCUCUACUAAAACUGUGUAUGUGAUUGUGUCUCGCUGCAUUUUGUGUAUAUAAUGUAAGGGUCUUCAUUCAGAAUACGCUUUAGAGAACUAGAACUAAGUCACUUAAUGUGAUGGCUGGAAAAAAAAAAGACUGGUAACAUGGAAUAAUAUCUGUGUAUUGUACCUUAUUAAAGGAAUUUAAAUGUAA